GAUGUCAUAGAAUGUUUGUAUGUGUAUAAUUAUAUUUUGCUGUGUAUAAUUUUUUUGAUAAAGUUGUAAUUUAACUAUUUGAAUCGUAUAAAUUUAUUUUGUAUUAAAAUGUCUGUAAGCCAAGACAAUCGUCCUGAAUUGUACGAAGAAGUAAAGCUUUAUCAUAAUGCUCGAGAGCGUGAAAAGUAUGAUAACCUGGCAGAUUUAUAUGCUGUUAUAAAUACAUUACAACAAUUAGAGAAAGCAUAUAUCAGAGAUUGUGUUACCCCCAAGGAAUACACUGGGGCUUGCAGCAAGUUAUUAGUUCAAUAUAAGGCAGCUUUUCGACAAGUUAACAGUGAUGAGUACCCAACAGUAGAUGCAUUUGUUCGCAAGUAUAGGCUUGACUGUCCAGCUGCUUUAGAACGAAUAAAAGAAGAUCGUCCGAUUACAAUUAAAGAUGAUAAAGGUAAUACCAGCAAAUGUAUUGCUGACAUCGUUUCUUUAUUUAUUACCAUUAUGGAUAAAUUACGAUUGGAUAUUAGAGCCAUGGAUGAUUUGCAUCCAGAAUUGAGAGACUUGGUUGAUACUAUGAAUAGGCUUAGUAUUUUACCUUCUGAUUUUGAAGGAAAACAAAAAGUGGCAGAAUGGUUAGCUACUUUAAAUUCCAUGCAAGCAUCGGAUGAACUGUCUGAAUCACAAGUAAGACAGUUGCUGUUUGAUCUUGAGAGUGCUUAUGCUUCAUUUAAUAAAGUUUUGCACAAUGCAGCAUAGAUAAUAACUAUUCAACAUAAAAUGAUAGAAUAUUUUAUAAUCAUAUAAUCAAAAUAAAAAAAUUUUAAAUUUA